UCCAGCUCGGUAAAUGGAGAUGCCAUCUAGACCUUGCCGCCACAGCUGUGAACAUUUCAUCUGUUAAAUCUCCUGUGAUCCAGGAGGGCAGACGAGGGGGAGAAGGAGGAGGAGGAAAAGGAGGAGGAGGUGGUGCGCGCUGUUGAGUAGUUUCCCAGUCGUCAUGACGACCUCACACCCCACCAUCUCCAGAGCUGUCUUCCUGUUGCCACGGUGACCUGAUCCCGUUCCAUCUCUGCUCCUCUUGAUGAUCCGGAUUGGACUGAUAGAGGAGGGCGAUCCGGGAGCACAGUCCCCUUUCCCAGAAAACAGCUUGUGGAUGGGACAGCGGAUCACACGCAGAAUCACGGAUCGGAGGACAGGAAGGCGCGGCGUGCUGGGAAUGCUGUGGAAGUAACACCGGAGCGUUGCCUGGAAACAGCAGCAUGCCAAUACAACAGAUAACUGUGGUUCCUGCCAGGGAGACUGCCAGCAACGGCAAGAGUGCUGCUCGCUCCAAAGACAAGACUGAGGGGAGGAAGGCCCCCGGGCGCUCAGGGAGUCGAUCGAGCAACAUCUCCAAGGCCAGCAACUCCACCACAGGAUUAACCACAGCCUCAAGAACAUCAAUUACCCCGUCUUCUCAGGACAUAUGCAGUUCUAGCCAGCUGACCCCUUUAGAGGAGGAUGUUUCAGAAUCACACAAAGACAAUGAGCACACACACACCUCUGUGAUGACCGUCACCAGCACAACUCUGGGCUCCUCAGCUCAGGCGCAGAAGAAGCAGGUGAAGCGCCGCCACCGGCGCAAGAGGAGCAGCUGCACGGGCUACGACUGCGUGGAAACCAACGGCAAACAGGAGCAGACCGACCGCAGCGAGCUCAGCUCUGACCGCAGCGAGCACGGGGAGAAGAGGGAGCGGUCUUCCAAGAACCGAAGAGAGCUCCCACCUCGCCUCCGCUGCACAGGGCUCCCCCAGUCAGACUCUACCUCUGAGGAUGAGGCGUGGCGUGAGGCCCGCAGCUGGAGCAAGGAGAAAGCCCGAAGAGUGCGCCGGCGCAGCGGGAGCAGCCGAGAGAGGGAUGGAGGAAACGGGGGUAAAGGAGGAGAAGACAAAGCACAGAUCAUGGAGCUGCAGUCGGUGGGCUCGGAUGAAGGGAAGGAGAACCAGCCUCUGGUGGAGGACAGCGGAGGCCUUAAGAAGCGCCACAGCAGCAGGGCCUCAACGAAAAGAGACGGCAGCGUUUCACAGAGAGAAGGCUCACACAGCAGAGACAAGGAGAAGAGCUACAAGUCAGGGGACAGCUCCUCAUUGGCAGAAGACGGUGAAGAGCUCAUCACCAAGAAAUACCAGGAAAAGGGGUCAGGGGGUGGGGACAUGUCAGUGCCCACACCACAGAAACACUGUGGUAUGAAUGGAGGCACGACACGGCAGAUCUCUGAUGACUCAGAGAUGGAAGUCUGCAGGAUCUGCCACUGUGAGGGGGAUGACGAGUGCCCGUUGAUCAUGCCUUGUCGCUGCACAGGGAGCCUGAGUUUUGUCCACCAGGCCUGUCUCAACCAGUGGAUCAAAUCCUCAGACACUCGCUGCUGUGAACUCUGCAAGUUUGACUUCGUCAUGGAGACGAAGCUCAAACCUUUACGCAAGUGGGAGAGGCUACACAUGUCGAAGGGCGAGAGAAGAAAGAUCUUCUGCUCAGUGUUGUUUCACCUGAUAGCAAUAGUGUGUAUGUUGUGGUCAGUCUACGUUCUGUUCAAGAGAACAGCGGAAGAGAUCAGACUUGGGAAGAAUGGUGUGCUGGAGUGGCCCUUCUGGACCAAACUGAUUGUGGUGGCCAUCGGCUUCACGGGCGGUCUCAUCUUCAUGUACAUCCAGUGUAAAGUCUACCUGCAGCUGUGGCGCCGCCUCAAGGCUUUCAACCGCAUCAUCACUGUGCAGAACUGCCCGGAGAAAGACCUGCACCACCCUCAGGCUCGGCCCAGCGCCCUGACCAACGGCAGACACGAGACCGUGGAGGUUCCCGUCGGCCCGGCCCCCGUCCCGGCUCCAGAAGCACAGAUGGACUCGGACAUGUCGGUGGAGGCUGCGGUGGCUCCAGCUCAAAACCCCGUCUGACUGAUUCUCUCCUGUAGAGAAAGAGUCUCGAAUCACACCCUGCUCAUCCAGUAGCUGGUGUGAGCACCGUGUGACGUAGACUCGUACAGUGUUUUAGUGUUGUUCGUCUCGGCUCCUGUGACUGCUGACACAAAAGGCGGAUUUAAAGUCCUUCUGUGAUGGAGGAAAACUGACAGGCUGAAGGGCUGAAGAUGAUGUGAACGUGCAAAGAAACGCAGAAUGUGGCAGGCCAGAAGAGAGGAGAAGAGAGGUGAGGAGAUGAAAAGGAAAAUAAAGCCAUCAUCAAGAAAGUUUGUAAAAACUGUAGUUAUGUGAUAUAUCGACAAUUUUGUUCCUGUAUGCACUUUCUCAAACUGCACUGACAUGAGUCAAAGGUGUGAACACCCUGAUAAUGCUAUUAAAGGUCUCAGUAUGCUUCAAACAAACCUCAGAUGACACGUUUUAAGGCAAAAAUGUUUAUAUUUGUUUCCAAACAGCCAGAGGUCAUCUGCCACAGAGAGGAGCCACGUGAGAGGUAUUGUACUUUACGUUUGUACACUUCCGUCUCUCCUCAAAGGGAUUCAUGGUGUUGCACUCGGUGGUGGUGGUCCAUGUAAACACUGAUCAAAGUGGUUGUACAAAGAAGUAUCGGUGCACAAAGGGCAGAUAUUGUGCUCACACGGACACAGACAGUGAGCACGUACGUGGUUCUGUUGUAACUACAAUUGUUCUCUGCAUUUAUUUAUAAGAACAUGUCCACUAGUUUGUUGGUGAGGUUAUAAAUUUCAGACUCUAAGUUAAAAUUCUUGGACGUGGUCGGGGAUUUCAGCUACUGAUAAAUGAUUCUGUAAACCCUCUCAAGGUUACG